GCGCGUAGCACAGGGCGCCGAGAUCGCCGAGUAGAGCAGCGCCCAGUGGAGAGAAGUGGAAGGCUAGGAUCGCACCGUCCCAAUCGGCCAGCCAGCGUCCACGCCGCUCCCGCACCCUUACCCCUGCCGGCCCUUGCGGGACGCGACCCACCGACAUGCAGUCCCGGGGCUGAGGCGGCCCGAUGGCGAAGCCCGCGUCCCCGCAACGACGGCGCAUGGAGAACUUCCGUAAGGUGCGCUCCGAGGAGGCGCCGGUGGGGAGCGGGGAUAAGGAGGGCGGCCCGGGCUCAGGCCCCUUCGCCGACCUGGCGCCGGGCGCCGUGCAUAUGCGGGUCAAGGAGGGCAGCAAGAUCCGGAACCUGCUGGCCUUCGCAACUGCCAGCAUGGCGCAGCCAGCCACGCGCGCCAUCGUCUUCAGCGGCUGCGGUCGAGCCACCACCAAAACCGUCACGUGUGCCGAGAUCCUUAAGCGCCGCCUGGCGGGUCUGCAUCAGGUCACGCGGCUGCGCUACCAGAGCGUGCGCGAGCUGUGGCAGAGCCUCCCUCCGGAGCCCACACCCGGGCAGAAGCCUGGCGAGCCAGCCGCCAGUCUCAGUGUACUUAAGAACGUGCCCAGCCUCGCCAUCCUACUUUCCAAGGAUGCCCUGGAUCCGCGCCAACCCGGGUACCAGCCGCCGAACCCCCAUCCCGGCCCCUCGUCCCAGCCAACUGCUCCGACGUCCAAGAGGAGUCUAGGGGAACCUGCUGCUGGAGAGAGCUCCGCGAAGAGGUCACAACCCGAGCCAGGUGCUGCUGAAGAGGACCAGACCGCCUGAGAACUCCGGCCUCUGGGCCACCUGGACGAGCUGGAUCCUACCCCCGAGCUUCGACCUUGAGAGGCAUCUCUAGCCUUUCACGCCUUGGUACUCUGGAACCUACAACGUGGCAGCAUAGACCCCAAGGCGGCAAGGGGGGACCCCAGGGAAGCUUCGUGGUGGGGUUGCUCCUCCAGCUGUGUUGCCUGACGACACUUUCAGCUUUUCUGAACCAUACGGGGACCUUCUUCAGGGAGGGAAUGGUGGGCAAUGGGAUUCUUGAGCCUUUAACCCCAAGGGUUAAAGGUUCAUGUAGGAUUCUUGAAGUGGGCUAGGAAGGUGGAAGCUGAGGAGAGCUCUUGAAACCACCCCACCAUUGUCAGCAGAGGGCAAAGGGUUGGAAACCACUGCUUGAGGGCGGGGGAUUUUGAGUAUCAAGGGGUAAGGGGCUAUUCUGCUCCUCACCCCAGGACAGUUUCUAGUUUUCCUUUCCCUGCUUUUAAGGAGCAUCCUGAGAUCAUGGUGGCAGGGGCAUCUCCAUAGGCUCUUUUAACAUCCCACUUUCCCCAUGCUGGCCCAGAGGGAGAGACCCAGGACAGAACUCUCCAUGCCGCCUCCCCUGAGCCCCACAGCUGGAGUCUUGCUUCCAAUAAAACAAA